ACACCAGUUCCCUCAUCAGCCACCUCGCAGACUCCUGCCCUCUGUGGCCCAGGAACUCGGUGGCAGGGUCUGCUCCAGGAGUCCGGCUUACUCCAACUCUCAUGAAUAGCAGGAGGUGCCGAAGCAGGGUGAAUUUUCCAGGCUUCCUCGCCCCUCCAGACACGGAGGAUCAGUCAAAGGGCGUCCUGCGACUCCGGGAUCUAAGGGUACCAAGAGCGCUGAGUCAGUUCUUCCGGGCGUCUGCACUCCGUUGACGGUGCUGCAGAACCGACCUCAUAGUUGUGACCUGGACUAAGAAAAGGAAGCAAGAAGAGGUUGUCCCUCGGUGGGGUGAGGGCUGCAGUGUUUUUGCUGGUGGUUUACCCAGGAACCUGGAGUAGAGAUGGGCAGAAGAUGCGGCAUCAUAGCGAUACUCCGGGCUGGGCACGCAAGUGGCUGCUGUGAGCUGCAUUGAAAGGGUGAGGUUCAGACAGAGGCCUGAGCUUGUUGAGGUGGGUAAAUAAGAGGAAAUCUGAGGAGGGCCAGAGGAAUGGGGUUUGCUCAGCGCCGGCCUGACAGAAGGCCCCUGUAGCACGGGCACUAGUCUUGUCCUCGUCAGCUGUCCACUAGCGCCAUCUCAUGGCUUCAGGCUCUCAUUGCAGGAACCACCUCAGUCCCGGCAGAAGCCACAGCUAUUUAGAAGUGUUAACCCAUGCUUUGCUCCAGGGCCAGCACCCCAUCUUCCCUUAGGUCUUUAAAGUUGCCUCAACCCUGACCUACGCUGGGCCACAGGAGACUGUUCUGGGAACACCACAAGGAGCUAAAUACUGGGAAGAAGAUGAGCUGUGACUGAAAGAACAUGGGGUUUGAAGGUGGCAUUCAGGCUGGCAUCAUUGGCGUUUUCCUUGGUGAGCUCUCGGUGUGUGCACUGUCCACAGGGGUAAACUAAGAGCCACCAGAGAAACGUGGAGGAACAGAGGACGUGGAGAAACACCAAACCUGGUACUUCCUCAUAAAAGGUCUUCCAUCUGCAUGAGACAGAUUCUCCAAGCAUAGGAAAAGCAGUUGGGCAGUAAUGGAGAGGGACAAUGGCACCAUCCAGACACCAGGCUUGCCGCCCACUACAUGUGUCUACCGUGAGGAUUUCAAGCAACUGCUGCUACCCCCGGUGUACUCAGUGGUGUUGGUGGUGGGCCUGCCGCUGAACAUCUGCGUCAUCGCUCAGAUCUGCGCAUCCCGUCAGACCCUGACGCGCUCGGCUGUGUACACCCUGAACCUGGCACUGGCAGACCUGCUGUACGCCUGCUCACUGCCCCUACUCAUCUAUAACUACGCCAGAGGGGACCACUGGCCCUUCGGAGACCUGGCCUGCCGCCUCGUGCGCUUUCUCUUCUAUGCCAACCUACAUGGCAGCAUCCUGUUCCUCACCUGCAUCAGCUUCCAGCGCUACCUGGGUAUCUGCCACCCGCUGGCCCCCUGGCACAAGCGUGGCGGUCGCCGUGCUGCCUGGGUGGUAUGUGGAGCAGUGUGGCUGGCCGUGACAGCUCAGUGCCUGCCCACAGCAGUCUUUGCUGCCACGGGCAUCCAACGCAACCGCACUGUCUGCUAUGACCUGAGCCCACCCAUCCUGUCCACCCGCUACUUGCCCUAUGGCAUGGCUCUCACGGUCAUCGGCUUCUUGCUGCCCUUCACAGCCUUACUGGCCUGCUACUGUUGCAUGGCCCGCCGCCUGUGCCGCCAGGAUGGCCCAGUAGGACUUGUGGCCCAAGAGCGGCGCAGCAAGGCAGCCCGUAUGGCUGUGGUGGUGGCGGCUGUCUUCGCCAUCAGUUUCCUUCCUUUCCACAUCACCAAGACAGCUUACUUGGCGGUGCGGUCGACACCCGGUGUCUCUUGCCCUGUACUGGAGACAUUUGCAGCUGCCUACAAAGGCACCCGGCCCUUUGCCAGUGCCAAUAGUGUACUGGACCCUGUUCUCUUCUACUUCACACAGCAGAAGUUCCGGCGGCAUCCACAUGAGCUCCUACAGAAGCUCACAGUUAAGUGGCAGAAGCGGAGUCUGAGGCCUCAGGGCAAACCCUGAGGCACUGGCAGCUGCGUAUUUGCCAUGGGGGGCCAUGGUGCCAGAAGCUUCCCCCACAAGCCCAAAUUUUACAGAGAAGUAAAACUUGGUUCAACAGGCCUGGGCCCGGCCCUAAAGAAGUUCUACGUCAACCACAAAGCUAAAACACCUGUAUUUCAGGGGCUGGUCAGUUCAUGCUUGUUAUCCCAGAACUCAGGAUCUUAUGACUGGAAGAUAGCAAGCUCCAGGCUAGUCUGAUCCAUGGGGAAACCCUGCCUCAGACAAUCCAGAGUUGGGGCUAUAGUUCAGCAGCACAUGCCUAGAGUGUGCUAUCCCCUGGGCUCAAUCCCUAACACUGCAAAAUUCAAUAAAGGUCUUUUCCCCCAACUCUGCUUGUUUACAAGGUGAAGGGGAAGGCUGGGGCAUGAUCUUGUAUAUGAAGGCAAGGUCUUGAUCCCUGGGACCCACUUCUUACAAGGAGCGAGAAGCUGGGGGAGGCUCGUGUUCCCAUUCAUUUUCCAAAACUUUUGCAUAAGAGAGAUAAAUAAAUGUAAUUUUGUGGGU